CGGCCGACAGAUGGCGCAGUGACCUGUCCCGGCAGGAGAACGACGUUGUGCUGCCGCCGGAUCCCUCGCUCCAUCACUGAAUAUCUCCUUCAUCCGUGCCUUAGCCGGCCUGAAACACCAUCAUGUCGGCGGUGGGACAGCUCGUCUUCGAUGAGUACGGGAAACCGAUCAUCAUCCUCAAGGACCAAGACCAGCAGAAGCGUCUCACGGGAAUCGAUGCUCUGAAGUCACACAUUUUGGCAGCUCGCAGUGUGGCCUCUAUCUUGGCCACCUCACUGGGUCCUAAAGGGCUUGAUAAGCUGAUGGUGAGCCCUGAUGGAGAUAUCACUGUCACUAACGAUGGUGCCACCAUCCUGAAGAUGAUGGAUGUGGAGCACCAAGUUGCCAAGCUCAUGGUGCAGUUGUCGCAAUCUCAGGAUGAUGAAAUUGGUGAUGGAACCACAGGAGUUGUUGUUUUGGCUGGAGCCCUAUUGGAAAAGGCUGAAUAUUUGUUAGAUAAAGGCAUUCACCCCAUUCGAGUUGCUGAUGGCUAUGAACUGGCUGCUAAGAAGGCUAUUGAGCAUCUUGAAAAAAUUGCCGAUGAAUUUCCAGUUGAUGUAAAUAAUACCGAGCCUCUAGUCCUAACAGCAAUGACUACCUUAGGUUCUAAGAUUAUCAACCGCUGUCACAGACAAAUGGCUCAGAUUGCUGUAGAUGCUGUUAUGGCAGUGGCAGAUCUUGAAGCUAAAGAUGUCAACUUUGAAUUAAUUAAAGUUGAAGGCAAAGUUGGAGGCAAGCUGGAGGACACCAUGUUGGUGAAGGGUGUAGUUGUAGAUAAGGACUUCUCCCAUCCACAAAUGCCGAAGGAGCUCAAGGAUGUUAAACUAGCUAUCCUUACCUGCCCAUUUGAGCCCCCCAAGCCCAAGACCAAGCACAAGCUUGAAGUCAGCACUGUUGAAGAGUACAAGGCUCUUCACAAUUAUGAGCAGGAGCAGUUUGUGUCCAUGGUUGACAAAGUAAAGGCUGCUGGUGCUACUCUUGCCAUCUGCCAGUGGGGCUUUGAUGAUGAAGCCAACCAUCUCCUGCUUCAGAAGGAACUUCCAGCUGUACGAUGGGUUGGAGGCCCUGAAAUUGAGCUUAUUGCCAUUGCCACAAAUGGAAGAAUUGUGCCUAGAUUUGAGGAACUUUCACCAGAGAAGCUUGGAUCUUGUGGAAAAGUGAAGGAAUUGUCCUUUGGUACCACAAAGGACAAGAUGUUGGUGAUUGAGGAGUGUCCUAAUACCAAAGCUGUCACAAUCUUCAUCAGGGGAGGGAACAAAAUGAUCAUUGAAGAAGCUAAGCGCAGUAUCCAUGAUGCUCUCUGUGUGGUCAGAAAUCUCGUCAGGAACAACAAGAUUGUGUAUGGAGGAGGUGCUGCUGAGGUUUCAUGUGCUCUGGCAGUUUCUGAGGAAGCAGACAAGAUCUCAACACUGGAACAAUAUGCUUUCCGUGCCUUCGCUGAUGCUCUGGAAAGCAUUCCGCUUGCCUUGGCAGAGAACUCAGGAUUGUCCCCCAUUCACACACUGACUGAGUGCAAGGCACGACAAGUUACAGAGAAGAAUCCUGCACUGGGAAUUGACUGUAACAGCAAGGGCACAUGUGAUAUGAAGGAGCAGCAUGUGAUUGAGACCCUGCACAGCAAGAAGCAACAGAUCCUCCUUGCUACCCAGCUCGUGAAGAUGAUCCUGAAAAUUGACGAUAUUCGCACACCAGGAGAGAUGCAUUAAGAUCUCCCAGAAAACCUAACAUCAAAUGGCCUUCAGUCUCCUGUUACUAAUUUCUAUUACGUCCUUGCACUCUUACUCCUAAUGUGGUACUGUACUCCAAGAAGAGACAGUAUGCCAUUUGUAUCUUUUUAUUUGGGAUUGUAUUCUAAUGCUUAUCUCAUCCCCAGUGCUUUAAAUAAUAAUAAAAAAUAUCAGAAC